AAUAUGUCAAUACCUUUACAUUCACUGCAAUUCAGCAAUAUGCUGAGGGAGGAAAAUGACCCCCCAAACAGAAGGAUGACCUUUUCUGGACCAAUGGUAGAGAGCAGAGAAGAGCUCCAAAUUCUGUCAUCAUGUGUACAGCCUAUAGUUUCAACUUCAGCAUCAGACCCUGAUGGAAUGUCCACACAGCUGAUGACAUCCCCAGAACCUGACACCAUGUCCACACCUCUAAUGGGAGUACCAAACUCUGGAGAAUUGUCCUCACCACUAAUGCCAGUCUCAGACUCUGGGGCACUUUCCCCAUUCUUAAUGCCAGCUUCAGAUUCAGAAGCACUGUCCCCAUUGCUAAUGCCAAACUCAGACUCUGGGGCACUGUCCCCAUGGCUAAUGCCAACCUCAGAUUCUGGAACAUUGUCCCCACUGCUGUCCACUUCAGACUAUGGUCUAAUGUCCCCGGGGCUGAUGACAAUUCCUGACUUUGGAACAAUGUCUACAACACUAAUGGAAGCACCAGAUUCAGCAGAGAUAUCACCUUUGGCAAUGCCAACUCUAUCUUCAGAGGCAAUAUCUACAUCUAUAAUGAGCACUGCAUCCUCUGAAGAGAUGUCCACACAACUGAUGCUAGCCCCAGAUCCUGGAGAGAUAUCGCCACUCCUAAUGCCAGAUAUAAAUCUUGGAGUGAUGUCCACACAGCCAAUGUCAGCUCCAGGCUCUGAAGCAAUGUCACCACUGCAAAUCACAGAUGAAGACACUGAAGCAAUGUCCAAAGUACUAAUGACUGCCUUGGCCUCUGGAGAGAUAUCUUCACUGAUGAUGUCAGGCACAGAUUCUGAAGCUAUAUCCUCACUGCUAAUGUCAUCCCUAGCUUCUGGAGCAACGUCAAACCACCCAACAAGCACCCAGGACUCUGGGGAAAUGUCCACCCAGCUAAUGUCAGGCCCAGACCUUGGAGGAGUGUCUUCACUGCUAAUGUCAACCCCAGGUUCUGGAGCAAUGUCCACGCCACUCUUGUCAGGUCCAGAUGCUGGAGAAAUGUCCACGUUGCCAAAGCCAGUCCCAGACACUGAAUCAACGUCCCCACUGCUGAUGACAGCCCUAACAUCUGGAGUAAUGCCCACCCAGCUGAUGCCAGCCCAAAGCUCUGGAGUGAUGCCCUCUCAGUUAAAACAAAAUAUAGACUCUCAAAUCAUGUCUACUCCACGGAUGAGAGCAACAGCCUCUGGGGGGAUUUCCACAUUGCCAGUGAAAACUUCAGACCCUGGAGCAAUGUCCGCACCAAGAAUAAAAGCCCCAGCCUCUGGAAAUACAUCUACAUUGCUGAAGACGGUCUCAGACUCUGGAGCAUUGUCCACCCCACUGGUGAUGGUCACAAACUCUGAAACAAUGUCCAUGGAGCAAAUGUCAACCACAGCCUCUAGAGUGAUGUCCACACAGGUAACAGUGGCCAGAACUUCUGAAGCAACAUCUAUGGGCUUCAUGAAAGCUGCCAACAAUGGGGCAACAUCCACACAGCAAAUGAGAACCCAAGCUUCUGGAAUGAUGUCCAUGCCGCUAAGGAAAGCUCCAGAUUCCGGAGCAAUGUCUACACAGCUAGAAACUGCCCCAGCCUCUGAAACAGUGUCUGUGCUACAACUGACAGCCCCAGCCUCUGGGACAAUGUCUACACUGCAAAUGAGAACCCCUGUCUCUGGAGUAAUGUCCAUGUCACAAAGGAGAGUCACAGCCCCAGGAAUGACAGCUGUACCACAUAUGAGAGCCCCAGCCUCUGGAGCAAUGUCCACACUGUCAAAAAGAGACACCACCUCAGGUGUGAUGUCCAUGCCACAAACAAGAGCUAUGGCCUUGGGAGAAUUGUCCAAGCCACUAAUGACAUCCAAAGCAUCAGAAACAAUGUUCAUGCAGAAAAUGACAACCACAGCUUCUGGAGAGAUAUCCACUAUACCAAUGAGUGAAAAAGCUUCUGGGGCCAUGUCCUUGCUGCAAAUGACAAACACUACCUCUGCAGGGAUGUCUAUACCACUAAUGAGAGCCCAAGCCCCUGGAGACAUAUCCAUAUCACAAAUUACAACUGCAGCCUCCAGAACUAUGUCCAAACCUCUAAAGAGAGUCCCAUGUCCUGAAGCAAUGCCCACAGAACUAAUGAAAACCUCAGCCUUUGGAAAGAUGCCCAGACAGCCAAUGAGCACCCAAGAUUCUGGAGAGAUGUCCAGGUCACUCCUGAGAUCUAUGACCUCUGGAGGGCUAUUCCCACUGCAGAUGCAAGCCCCAGCCUCUGAAAUGCUGUCCACACCAAAAGUGAUAACCCCACCCUCUAGGGAGAUGUCCACACCACCAACAAGAGCCUCAGACCCUGGAGAGAUGUCCUCCCUGCUCCUAAGAGCGUCAUCAUCUGGAGACAUGUCCCCACCACUGGUGAGACACCCUGCUUCUGGAGAGAUAGUCACUCCUCAGAGACCCUCAGCUUAUGGAGAGAUGUCUAUUCCACAGAUAACAGCCACAGCCUCUGGAGGAUUGCCCAUACCACAUAUGAGGGCUCCAGUCUCUGGAGCUAUGUCCACAAGGCUCAUGAGAUCCACAGCCUCUGGAGUGAUGUCCAUGCCUCAAAUGACUGCCAUAGCCUCUGGAGAGGUGUCCAAGCCACUGAUGAAAGCCCCAACCUCUGGAGCAAUGUCCACACCACAAAUGAUGCCCAUGGCUUCUGGAGAGAUGUACACACAAGCAAAGCAAACCCUAACCUCUGGAGUGAUGUCUGCACCACAAUUAAGGGCUCCAGUCUCUGGAAUUAUGUCCACACCACUAUGGAGACCUUCAGCUUCUGAAGAUGUGUCCACAGAGUUAAUGAGAGCUCCAGCCUGUGGAAAAAUGUCCACUGCACAAACAACAGCGAUGGCCUCUGGUGGGAAGCCCAAGCCAUUCAUAAGAGCUACAGCCCCUGGAACAAUGCCCAUGCCAUUGAUGUCAGCCAUAGCUUCUGGAGAAAUGUCUAAGCCACUAAUGGAAAGCAUGGUAUCUGGAGCAAUAUCCACACUGAAAACAAGAGUCACAAGUUCUGGAUCUAUGUCCUUGCCACAAAAAGCACACUCAAUUUCCGGAGGGAUACCGGCACCACCAAUGAGAGCCUCAGCUUCUGAAGCAAUGUCUACACCACUUAUGAGAGCCUCAGCUUCUGGAAUGAUGUCCAUGCCACUUCUGAAAGGCACAGCCUCUGGAGGGAUGUCCACACCACAAAUGAGGGCCUCAGUCCCAGGAGCUAUGUCCACACCACAAAUGGCAGCCACAGCCUCUGGAAUGAUGUCCACUCUAGAUAUCAAAGUCACAGACUCUGGAGAAGCAUCUUACUCUCACAAUAACAUUACAGCCCCUGGAUCAAAGCCCACAACACAUGAGACUGCUACAAUGCCUGAAACUGUGAAACCACCACCAAAGGAAAUUCCAUCCUUUGGCAUGCUGACCCCAGCACUCUGUUACCUCUUAGAAGAGCAGGAAGCAGCCCGGGGUUCAUGUUCUGAGGAGGAGGAGAUGGAGAUUGAUGAGGAGAAGCAAAUGAAAGGAUUUUUGAAUGAUUCAGAGAAAAUGGCAUUUCUGGUGUCUCUUCAUCUGGGGGCAGCAGAAAGGUUGUCCAUCUUGCAGCUGGAGGUAGGAAAUCCCCUCUCAGAUGAAAAUAAAUCUUUCCUGAAAAGAUCACAGGGCUUAUAUAAUUCCCUCUCUGAGAUAGACAUCCUCAGUGCUGUUCUUUGCCACCCCAAGCAGGGCCAGAAGUCAGUCAGGCAGUAUGCCACUGACUUCCUGCUGCUGGCCCAACAUUUGUCUUGGUCUGAUGCCAUUCUACGCACCAGGUUUCUGGAAGGACUCUCAGAAGCUGUUACCACCAAAAUGGGACGGAUCUUCCUUAAGGUGGCUGGCAGCCUAAAGGAGCUGAUAGACAGGUCUCUCUACACUGAGUGCCAGCUGGCUGAAGAGAAGGACUCCCAGGGCAUCUCAAGCCAGGUUCAACAGUCAUCCUGUAAGCGGAAUAGUGAGGAAGCGAUGGAGAAUGAACUGAACUCUCAUCAGCAGACUGAGGAGCACCAGCAUGUCCCCAAACGCUGUUACUACCUGAAAGAGCAUGGAGACCCCCAAGAGGGUCUACACAACCAACUUCGACAGAGUGCAGGUCAUCAGAAGGCCUCCACCAACAAGUAA